AUGACCUGCUACAUUUCACUCAAUUUGGCCAUCUCGGUGAGAUUGAUAAAGCCUGGAAAGCACCUGAAACAUGUAUUCUUCCCAAUAUCAACAAGCAACCAGCUGAAGGUUGGGAGCAGAGAAGUAGCUUUGGAAGGAAACAAUAUUGAGAAAAUCCUCCAUAUUGUUUCCACACAAAUGGGAUUGGAAAGUUACAGAAGAGCCAUUUCUAGUAUUGUCCUGGAUUGGUGCCUCUCUCUGUCACAACAAACAUUGGAAGAUGACACCAACCCAGACACCACUGAUGUUGACAAUGAGAUGGGAAAAUUUCCCUCCCACUUUCCAGAGGUAUAUCCAAACAGCUCUUGGUCUCUGUAUGGCUUAAAUGAAGAGGGACAGAUUUUUCAGAAAAUCUGCGGUUCCAAGGACAAUCAAUGGAACGUUCUCAAAGAUAUUGAUGACUGGCUACACAAAGAGUUCUAUGAUGAUGAGAACGAUUUGACUUUAAAUGGCAUGCCAUACAAGGGGAAGUGGAAAUGGCGGAAAGAUAAUGACUAUCAACUGCAAAAAAAUAACAUGCUUCCUUCCUAUCUAAAAGGUACCAAUGAUGAGCUAGAACAAUUUAGGAAAGAGAGAGAGAGAUCAGAAGCCCCACCAAAAGGAUAA